AGCGCCACGUGAUCCUCUCAAGCUCCUUUUCUGCCGUUGCCAGCUGUCGCGCGUUCCUGGGGCACGGCAUGGCGCAGGUCUGUGCCAGCAACCUCCCAGGUGCACCUCACCAGCGAGCGGUCUAUCGACACCGCUUGAGUCAGCGAUCGAAUGAGGAUAAGGAGAAGCUCCAUGUGGCCUCGCCGCUGUUGGGCGCCAUUGCUGGGUGCACGGCCAAGAGCAUGGUGGCGCCUUUGAGCCGCACAGUGAUCCAGAUGCAGUUGCAUCACCUGCACCACACUGGCAGCAUGCUUGACACCAUGCGCGGCAUUUACCAGGAGGGAGGCAUUCGGGCUUUCUGGCGAGGGAACGGGGCGACGCUGCUCUAUCGGGGCGUGGUGAACGGUGUGAACUUCCCCGUGAAUGAACUUUGUAAGCGGUAUCUCAAAGAGCAGCCUCAAGAGGCCCGCAACUUCGUGAGCGCCUUCGCGGGGUCCUUCGCCGGCAUUUGUAUCGGCCAUCCGGUUGAUGUCAUCAAGACACGAAUUUCCGCCUCCCAGCGAUUUGGAUACUCUGGGAUCCUGGAGACCAUUGGUCGACUGCAUGCAGAAGAGGGCCUCAUGGCAUUCUAUGCAGGCUUUCGGGUCUCAAUGGUGACGGUCGUGCCCAACGUGGCGUGUUGCUUUUAUCUCAAAGACACCUUGAAGUCUUUUCCGCUGGUGAAGGCCCUCAGCAGCAGAUCUGAUGGCUGGCUCAGCGAGAGCGCCAUCGCUGGUGGCACGGCCGGUGGUAUCACUUCGACGCUCUUUUUCCCGUUCGAUUCGUGGAAGAGGCGGCUUCAGAUGCCUAGGUUUGAAGCGAAAGCUGCGACGGCAGUGGUGGAUUUGCAUCUUCACUAUCGCGGACUUCUGCCGGAGCUGAUCAAGGUCUCUUGCAACACUGCCAUCAUGUUUGGUUUGUACGACUGGCUCAGUCAAAGAUGAGCUACGUCCAGUGAUCUCGGAGAACGUUGCUCCAAGCCUUCAGCCAACAAGUGGAACACUGGAACCAACGUAUCCGAACAUCACUGGAGCCACUGGAGCGAUUGAAAGCUCGGCCCAGACUUACCUCUUUCGUGCGCUGUUGAAGGGAGAAGAUGUGACGAGUGACCAAUGCAGGAUUUCAUUGCACCAGUCAUCAUCAACAGGAAUUUCCAUUUGUGCCGGCACCUGCAAUGUGGCAGUCCGGAAACUGGAGAUGCGGCAGCUUGGAACUGGGUGAAGAUGAGCGGCCUGC